ACCAGCACCCCGCCCAGAGCAGUGCCUGCCCAAAUCCUCACAGGCGGCUCAUCAACGCGAUUGCCACUCCGGGUGGAGCCCGGACCUGUGAGCCUGGGUGUCCCUGGGUCCGUCUGCCCGGCCAUCUGCUGGUGGUGCCUCUGCCUCCUGCCGCUUCCCCCCACUGAGCCCCACCUUGCAGAAGUGCAGCCCGCCCGCCCGCCAGCCGCACAGCCCGGAGCUCAGCAUGUGUCCCCCCGGCUUCGGGCACUUCUUGCUGCUGGCCUCUUCCCUGCUCCUCGCAGGGCUGUCAGCUGUUCCUCAGAGCUUCUCGCCAUCUCUGAGAAGCUCGUCGGGCGCCCCCUGCAGGCUGUCCCGGGCCGAGUCGGAGCGCCGGUGCCGAGCACCUGGGCAGCCCCCAGGGGGCGCCCUGUGUCACGGCCGGGGCCGGUGUGAGUGCGGCGUCUGCAUCUGUCACGUGACCGAGCCGGGCACCUACUUUGGGCCGCUGUGUGAGUGCCACGAGUGGGUGUGCGAGACCUACGACGGGAGCACCUGCGCAGGCCAUGGUACCUGUGACUGCGGGAAGUGCAGAUGUGAUGCGGGGUGGUCUGGGGAUGCUUGCCAGUACCCAACCAACUGUAACCUGACAAGGAAAAAAAGCAACCAAAUGUGCAAGAAUUCUCAAGAUGUCAUCUGCUCCAAUGCAGGUACAUGUCACUGUGGCAGGUGUAAAUGUGACGAUUCGGAUGGAAAUGGCCUUGUUUAUGGUAAAUUCUGUGAGUGUGAUGACAGAGAAUGCAUAGAUGAUGAAACAGAAGAGAUAUGUGGAGGCCAUGGGAAGUGUUACUGUGGAAACUGUUACUGCGAGGCUGGUUGGCAUGGAGACAAAUGCGAAUUCCAGUGCGACAUCCCCCCCUGGGAAAGCAAGCGAAGAUGCACAGCUCCUGAUGGCAGAGUGUGCAGUAACAGAGGGACUUGCGUGUGUGGUGAAUGUUCUUGCCACGAUGUCGAUCCAACUGGGGACUGGGGAGACAUUCACGGGGACACCUGUGAGUGUGACGAAAGGGACUGCAGAGCUGUCUACGACCGGUAUUCCGAUGACUUCUGUUCAGGUCAUGGACAGUGUAACUGUGGGAGAUGUGACUGCAAAGCAGGCUGGUAUGGGAAGAAGUGUGAGCACCCACGUUCCUGCCUGCUGUCUGCUGAGGAGAGCAUCAGGAAGUGUCAGGGAGGCGCUGAGCUGCCCUGCUCUGGAAGGGGCAAAUGUGAAUGUGGCAAAUGCACGUGCUACCCACCAGGAGAUCUCAGGGUGUAUGGCAAGACCUGCGAGUGUGACGAUCGCCGCUGUGAGGACCUGGACGGUGUGGUCUGUGGAGGCCAUGGCACAUGCUCCUGUGGUCACUGUGUCUGUGAGAGAGGAUGGUUUGGCAUGCUCUGCCAACAUCCGCGGAAAUGUAACAUGACAGAAGAACAAAGCAGGAGUCUGUGUGAAUCAGCAGAUGGCAUAUUGUGCUCCGGGAAGGGUUCUUGCCAUUGUGGAAAGUGCAUCUGUUCUGCUGAAGAAUGGUACGUUUCAGGGGAACUUUGCGACUGUGAUGACAGAGACUGCGACAAACAUGACGGUCUCAUUUGUACAGGGAAUGGAAUAUGUAGCUGUGGAAACUGUGAAUGCUGGGAUGGAUGGAAUGGGAAUGCGUGUGAAAUCUGGCUUGGCACAGAAUAUCCUUGACAACUCCAUAAGCAAAGACUGGAUUCUUAUUUUUCUAGGCAAUUAGAAUGCCUAACGCAAAGGAAGUCAUGUAUAAUCACCACUAGGACAGAUUAAACACACUAUUGUAUGUUUUUCUAUUUCUGACCGCCUGAAUGAAAUCUGGGUACCCAUUAAAAAUGCGUUAAACCAACUCUGAUAUAAAAAACACUGAAAGAAUUUUUCUUUCACCAGUGGUUCUCAGCAUGGGAACUUUUGCCACCCAGAAGGCAUUUGGCAAUGUCUAUGGAGAAUUAUGAUGGUCAAUUUGGG